AUGCAUUACUCCACGCCGACUACUCCUUCUCGUUCUCCCUUGCGGUUUUUCUUUAUCUUUUAUGCGGUCGCUCAAUUUGGCUUCACCAUUGACCAGGUCAACUGGCUUGGAACGUGUGUCAAUAUCGUGUACCUUCCAGUCUCCGCAAUAGUCCCAUCAGUAUAUACACGGCUUGGGUUGCGACAAACAUGUUAUAUCGGUGGGGUGCUGUUGCUUGCAAGUGCGUGGGUACGCUAUGCGGGAACGGCGUCAAGUUUGUCCGUUCGCGGUGCAUAUGCGCUCGUGUUGAUCGGACAGCUUCUCUCCGGGAUCGCGCAACCCAUCUUCCAAGUACUCGUGCCAGGAUAUUCGGAAAAGUGGUUCGAUCUCAAGAGCCGGACGACAGCGACGAUGUUAAUGUCUAUCGGCGAGCGCCCAUCUAAUCCAAUUGGCACUGGCCUUGGCCAGCUUAUCUCGCCCCUAGUGGGAACCACUCGUCAGUCGAUCCUUGUAAUGGGAAUAAUAUACACAGCGGCCGCGCCGUUUGUUUUGGUCGUGACAGAUUCGCCUCCUACGCCACCCACACAUGCGGCAUCUCAGAAGAAUCCAUCUUUCUUGUCCCUUGUUCGUGCCAUGAUAGGGUACGAGCCGGAGGAUCGGCCGACGUAUAUGACAUGGAGGCAGAGAUUUGACUUUGCGGUUGUGACGCUCGCGUUCGGUGUUCUUGUUGGGGUGAUCAUCGCGUUUUCGAUCCUCAGUGCUCAGGUAAUGGAGCCAUAUGGGUACUCUGACACCAUCUCCGGCUUGAUGGGUGCAGCGCUCCUUCUUGUCGGCAUCGUCGCUGCCAUGGUCACAGCACCGCUCUUCGAUCGCGUAUUUACACAUCGUCUUGCGUGGACGUGCAAGCUGCUAUCUCCAAUCCUAGGUGCGACGUGGUUGAGCUUGAUUUGGGCCGUGCGCCCCGAUGAUACUGGCGCUUUAUUCGUGCUGAUGGCUAUCAUCGGCGCGACCAGUCUGACGCUGCUGCCUGUUGUUGUGGAGCUAGGAGUAGAGCUCACGCGGAAUGCGAAUGGGAGUUCGGCGGUGCUAUGGUCCUCAUCAAAUCUGUUUGGCAUGAUCUUUGUGCUGUCUGAAGGCGCCUUACGUGCGGGCUCUGACGGAAGCCCGCCGUACAACAUGUACCGCGCACUAAUCUUUCAGGGCGUGCUUGUGUGUGUCGUGGUAGUGCUCGUGCUCUUCAUAGAGGGUAAGCAGACACGUCGUGCGCUUGACGAGCAGGCCCAGUACCAGAUCGAAAUGGGACAGAUGCCGCAGACAACGGCUGGGCAGGGCAGGUUCACCUCGGCUGUAGACCAUGAUCGCAGUUUGGCGCCGAGUAGAAAUCGAGGGCUGAGCUCCAGUGCCAGCAAGAGUAUCAGUGACUCGGAUACUGGAUGCACGGCAGUCUUAGAGACGUCUGAGAGGCCAUCGCGUACUAGAGCAGAGAGUGGCCUUGACAGUUCGAAACAGUAUCAUGACUAUGAGGAUUUAUAA